CAUAUCAGCCAUAAAAACCCAUGCAUGGGGUAAUGAAGGGCACAUUACCGUUGGUAAUAUUGCCCAAAACAUACUCACGCCCGAAGUUGCGGGAAGAGUAAAGCAAAUUUUCCAAGAUCCAACAUUUAAUGGACAACUUGGUCCUGCCUCGAUUUGGGCCGAUGAAGUUAAACAUCAAAAAGGAGAAUACUACAGAUGGAGUGAAUCAUUGCAUUAUUUGGAUACGAACGAUGACCCAGGAAAGAGUUGCUCGGUCGAUGUGAACAAAGAUUGUCCAGAUGGUAACUGUAUCGUCGCUGCCAUUGCGAAUUACACGGAACAACUUAAUUGCUCGAAUGGCGGUAGUGUUAAAACUCGGGAUGUUGCACUUCGAUUUUUAACUCACUUUUUUGGCGACAUAACUCAACCACUUCAUGUCUGUGGUCGCGAACUUGGAGGAAAUAAACAAAAGAUUACGUUCGAUGGAGAGGAGAAGAAUCUCCAUUCAAUAUGGGAUACAGCGAUGGUAGUCAAACGUAUCGGAGACUUUGGAGACGAUGUACAAAAAUACGCAGAUUUUCUCACGAACGAAAUAAAAACAGGAAUGUAUGAACAAAACUCGACAGAUUGGAUUGCAUGUGAUUCCACAAAAAGACGUAAUUCUCUUUUCGAUAAUGGCUCAUUGCAAAGACGAGCAGAAGCCGAGAGUACAAGGUGUCCUUUUGUCUGGGCGACUGAUACCAACAGUAUUAAUUGUGGGUUCGUUUGGGAUUAUGUGGAUGCUAAUCCUGAUGCUGAUUUAUCGGAUGAAUAUUAUAAUCAAGUUCAACCGAUUAUUGAUAUGCAACUUGCCAAGGGCGGAAUGAUUGAACAAAGUCAAAGUAGUCGCCGUUUGUUUUCGACACCUAAACAAUCAAACUCUCGAAAUAUAAUCGGAUCUCUAAUAUUCUGUGAUCAAUGUGGAAAUUUAUUGCAAUUUGAUGAAGAAGGAAAACUUAUCGAAUGUCAAGUUUGUGAUAAUUCAACAAAUGUCCAAGAAUUCAGUGACCUAAAAAUAGUCUCAAAAAGCGAUCCAAACUCAUUCAAGUCUCGAUUAAGAGAAAAACGAUCAAAAAUUCAGGAAAACCAUCAAUUGAAUGAAGAAGCAACUAUUAAAGAUAAAUGCCCACAUUGUGGAAACGAGGAAAUGAGUUUCCGCACCAUGCAACUUCGGUCUGCUGAUGAAGGACAAACAAUUUUUUAUCAUUGUAAAAAGUGUGG